CUGACAUUAAAAGCGGCGAGACGCGUCUCGGUUGAAUCUUUCUGAGGAAAAACAUCGCUUUUACAUCACCGGAAAAUUCCCACGCGAGUCUGGCUAUUUCAAAUCCGGUACCAUUCCAAAUUUUAUGGAAUUUUCCUAUGCGCUUGGUUCAUUAAACCUAAACCAUUCGCCCCCCAAAAAAAAUCAUUUCCAUUCAAACGUAUUUUUUUAACUAUAUAUACAGAGAAAUUUCAACUGUAUCAACAAAUUGUGAUUUGGUGAAGAGGAAAAAGAAUCGUCUACACGUAUCGAAAAAUCAACAUGCUCUAUAGAAAUUCUUGAUGGGAGAACCGUAAAAAUGACAUGCUGAAUGGGCAGAUUCGACGGGACUGGGAUAUCUCGGAUCCGAAUAGAUUGUAAUGUUCAGACUGAGUAUGUUCAUCAGCUGUAUUUUCAUGACAAACACAGCAAUGGAGGAGAAGAACAUAGCCACCAACUUGGUAGAUUCCGUAUCUGAAUUCACGGACUUCGACAAGUACGCUGUCACUUGUUAUAUUUGCGUCAAUGUAUCGGACAACCUAAUUUGCAAUCAGUUCGCCAUCGACAGACCAUGUAAACCAGGAGAAACGUUUUGUCACACAUUGCACAUAAUGGAUUCAAAGGGAACGAGCGUGCUAGUGAACAAAAAGUGCACCACCGACAAGGAAUGCCAAAGAAAUAAAGUGGGAUGUGUGGAAAUCGACGCUCAAACGAUGUGUGUAUCGUGUUGUGACCAGAACUACUGUAACGUGAAUGUGCCAACGAACUCUUCCACGGCAGUCUUCGAUGAUAAGAUAUCGAAAAUGAGGAUGUUAGCAAAAAAUCUCUUUCGAGAAAGGGAGAAAGCUCUCACUACCACCAUAAGAGACUCUAACAGUGCGCAAGUUAAUUUAUGGGAGAAAUACAUGUUUGUUAUUUAUUUUCUAGCUACAUUAUUAUUGAUGGGCAUUAUUUAAGGCUGAAUCGCUUGAAAACUUGUAAAUAUUAUAAAUAAUAUGCCGUAAAUAAGUGAUAAUCUGAGGAUAUUGAAAAUAUUCCUUGAAAUAUACGUACCACCAACAA